AUGGAGGACGGAAUGAGAGCGCAGGACUCGCCCGUGGUGGAUAGCGAUGGUCAACAGGACAACCGGUCGACUAUCCGUCAAAUCUGGACGCACUCGUGGUUUCAAAUUCUGCUGAUCAGCUUUAUCUGUUUCUGCUGUCCUGGAAUGUACAAUGCCCUCACCGGGUUGGGAGGCUCUGGUCAGGUCAAUCAAACGGUGGCUGCAAAUGCCAACGUCGCGUUGCUCUCCGCAACCUCUGCAACCGCGCUGUUCGUGGUUGGGCCGAUCUUUGACCGUGUUGGCCCGCGAGUGUGUCUCCUACUGGGCGGGUGGGCCUAUCCCUUGUAUUCUGGAAGUCUCCUGUGCUUCAACUCUACUGCGAACGGUGCAUUCGUUAUCGCCGCCGGCGCCAUCCUGGGUAUCGGCGCGUCCUUCCUUUGGGUUGCCCAGGGUGCUAUCAUGACGACCUACGUGCCCGAAUCGCAGAAGGGACGCGCCAUCGCAGCGUUUUGGAUCAUCUUCAAUCUCGGUGGUGGUGUGGGAUCGCUCGCAAGCUUUGGAAGUAACUUUCACUCGACCAGUGGAACGGUGUCGAACGGAACCUAUAUCGCUUUGUUGGUGAUCAUGGCCAUUGGGUGGCUGCUGGGUGUGUUUAUUUGCCCGCCGUCCUACGUGCGAGUGGCCCAGCUCGAGGCCACGCCGGUGCCUGAGAAGAAUUGGCGCAAGACAUUGAGGCAAGCACUGCACACCAUCUCCAACUGGCGCGUGCUGUGCAUGCUGCCGCUGUUCUUCUCGGCCAACGUGUUCUACUCCUACCAGCAGAACGUGGUGAACGGCAUGACCUUCAACAUCCGCACUCGCUCGCUCAACGGUGCAUUGUACUGGAUUGCGCAGAUGGCGGGAGGUCUCGUCAUCGGCCUGAUCCUCGAUAUGCCCGGACUCAACCGCCGCAUGCGCGCCGUCGUUGCCUGGUGCCUCCUCUUUGCAACGGGCAUGGGAAUCUGGGGCGGAGGAUAUGCAUUCCAGAAGUGGUUUGAUCGUCGCACGGCAAUGGGUCUCAAGCAGGACGUUGACUAUACUGACAACAACGUCUCGGUCGGCCCCAUGUUCCUCUACAUCUUCUACGGCUGCUACGAUGCGUUCUGGCAGUCGUUCUGCUACUGGCUCGUGGGUGCGAGUUCCAACUCCCCCGCCGUGACGGCCAUUCUGGUCGGUGCGUACAAGACCUUCCAGGCCGCCGGUGGUGCCAUGGCGUGGCGCAUCAACGCGCUCGGAAAGCCUGCGAUGACGCAGUUUGCCAUGGAUUGGGGUCUCUGCAUGGGCGCCCUCGUGUUCGCCAUCCCCGCCGUUCUCACGGUCACGAUGACCAGCGAGUCGGAGUCCGAACCGGACGCGUUCGAGGGCACCGAGGUGCGCGACUCCGAUGAGAAGGUUCGGGUCGAAAUGAAGGCCUAG